AUGUUGAAUGAAGAUAUGUCUUUUGAAUAUAAUGAAGAAAAUUUCAAAGAAAAUAUUGAAGAUUUUGAGAAAUAUUCAGAAAAGAAUUUUGAGCAAAAUUUUGAAGACCAAUUUGAUGAAGAAUAUUAUGAAGAUUAUGAAAAUUCUGAAAAGUAUUCUGAAGAAGAUUUUGAGGAGUAUUAUGAAAGCAAUUUUACAACAAGCUUGGAAGAUAAUAAUUAA